GCGCCGCGCGGGAGAGGAGCGCGGCCGCAGCCAUGGAGGAGCCGGACGCGGAGCCGCCGCUGAUGGUGCUGCCGGGCGUGGACUCCGCCGCCAGGCAGCUGUGCUUCGAGUGGGGGCCCGCGGAGAUGCUCGUGUGCGAGACGCUCUUCGGGGGCAGAGGAGCUGGCGAGGGGCGGCCGAGCUCUUCCUGCGUCUUCGUCGUCCGCAAGGACCAAGACAUAUACGUCCAGACCUUGCGCAAGCUCUUCAACGAGUCGCACGGGAUCUUCAUCGGCCUCCAGAGGAGCGAGGAAGAAUUUGCUGGGAAAUCGAGGAAAACGCAAUUGGUUCAAGUGAGUAAAAAUUACCGCUCAGUCAUAAGGGCUUGUAUGGAGGACAUGCACCAAGCAGCUGUUUCAGCUCGGGACCCUGCCCUGCAGAGCCAGUAUAGUACUCAGGUUUCUAUUCUUUCUGCAAUGGAGCUGAUCUGGAAUUUGUGUGAGAUUUUGUUUGUUGAAGCAGCUGUAGCUGGUCCCCUCCUACUUCGCCUCCUUGACUGGGUUCGACUUCAUGUCUGUGAUGUGGAUAACAUGGUCCGUGAGGUUCUGAGCAGUGAAAAUCCAUCAAAACAUGAGCUCUUUUGGAAUGUGGUGGAUGUCUUUGUGCUGCAAGGCCGAAUGGAUGAAGCACGGCACUUACUCUCUAAGGAAGCCAGUGCCAAUCCCACAUCAGUGAACAUGUGCAGAAUCUUGGAUGACUUGAUGAAGAAGAUGCCUGUGCCCAGUCUUGGCAACACCCAGACAUUGACUGAGAUGGAGCUGAAACGGCAGCACUGGCACGAAGAGUGUCAGCGGUAUCUACAGGAUGGAACUUUUGCUUCUAAUUCGCACAUGGAAUCCCUCUGCAAGAUCCUGCUGGGCGAUGAGAAUGCCAUACUGGAGAAAAAGGAACUCAUGACUACCUGGUACCACUUUCUGGUUACCCGACUCCUGUACUCCCAUCCCACUGUGAAGCCAAUGGAACUGCGUUUCUAUGCACAGUCUAGUAUGGACCUGUUCCUAGGUGGAGAAAGCAGUCCUGAGCCUCUAGACACCAUUUUAAUGGCAGCCUUUGAAUUUGAGAUGCAUCAAGUGAUCAAGGAAUGCAGCAUUGCCCUGAGCAACUGGUGGUUUGUGGCUCAUCUGACUGACCUACUGGAUCACUGUAAACUUCUGCAGUCUCACAAUCUCUAUUUUGGUUCAAAUAUGCGUGAAUUCCUUCUACUAGAGUAUGCCUCCGGACUCUUCUCCCACCACAGCCUGUGGCAGCUGGGGGUAGAUUACUUUGACCACUGUCCAGAAUAUGGCAGGGUUUAUUUGGAGCUGCAUAUUGAGCGGAUACCCCUUAACACAGAACAAAAGGCCCUCAAAGUGCUGAGGAUCUGUGAGCAGAGACAGAUGAAUGAACAAGUUCGUAGCAUCUGUAAAAUCAUGGCCAUGAAAGCACUGCGGAACAAUCGCUUGGGCUCUGCCCUGUCUUGGAGCAUAAGAGCCAAGGAUGCGGCUUUUGCUACGCUAAUAUCAGACAGAUUCCUCAAGGAUUAUUGUGAAAAGGGAUGCUUCUCUGACUUAGACCUCAUUGAUAAUUUGGGACCAUCCAUGCUUCUCAGUGACCGCCUGACAUUUCUUGGGAAGUACCGUGAAUUCCACCGGCUGUAUGGUGAGAAGAGGUUCUCUGAAGCUGCCAAGCUGCUUCUGAUGUUGAUGACUGCCCAUAUUGCUCCUUGCUCCUUCUGGAUGACCCUGCUGACAGAUGCCCUUCCCCUGCUGGAGCAGAAAGAGGUUAUAUUUUCAGCAGAGCAGACUUAUGAAUUGAUGCGAUGUCUGGAAGACUUGACAGCAGGGAAGUCAGAUAAGCAGAAAUUCCAGGAUGAUGAUGUUGAGACUAUGAAAGUGGAAAUGCUGAGACUUGCUCUUGCACGAAAUCUUGCACGAGUCAUCGUCAAAGAAGGCACAUUGGAAGGAUCUUGAAGAGAGCACUAUGUUAUUUUACUCUUCCUCUGUGAUUCACUGUACAUAAACCUGACCACUUUUCUAAGAAUAAAUGUCUUGUUUUGCA